AUGAAAGACUAUGAAAACAAUAUAGAACCAGUUUCAUCGUUGCCUAAUUCUAUUUCCUCCAUUAAAGAUGAUGCUUCUAUGGCAUCACAACUACAAUCUGUUACUUCUUCAGAUGUGAAUUUAGGCCAGUCUAUUUCUAGUGACUAUGAUUUAAAGAAUAAAGAAGAUUUAGAUGACAUUGGUAUAAUCCAUACAAAAUCCAAUCAUAUCGAUGAACCUGAAAUAUCAGCUCCUCCUUAUUCAAGAUUUGGUCGUCCAUCUAAACUAUUCCUUGUAUUGCAAUGUGCCUACACGGGUUUUUUUUCUAGUAUUGCUGGUGCCAUAUAUUAUCCAGUUUUAACCGUUAUAGAAAAGAAAUUUGAUAUAACAGAAGAACAAGUUAAUAUUACUGUUGUAGUUUAUUUCUUAUUCCAAGGACUAUCCCCAAGUAUCAUGGGUGGUAUGGCUGAUUCCUUAGGAAGAAGACCAAUACUACUGAUAUCAGUUAUUGUAUAUUGUGGGGCCUGUAUUGGAUUAGCAUGUUCUCAAAGUUACGCACAAAUCAUAAUUUUGCGUUGUUUACAAGCUGCUGGUAUAUCACCUGUUAUUACAAUAAGUAGUGGUGUCAUGGGUGAUAUUACUACAAGGGCUGAAAGAGGUGCAUAUGUCGGGUAUACUUCAGGUUUUCAAGUUAUAGGGGGUGCUUUCGGUGCCUUAAUUGGUGCUCUAUUAGCUUCGAGAUGGAAUUGGCGAGCAAUUUUUUGGUUCCUAGCUAUAGGAUCAGGUAUUUGUGCAGUGUUUUCAAUUUUAUUUUUACCUGAAACAAAACGUACAUUGGUAGGAAAUGGUUCAGUACCACCUAAAAACUGGCCAAAUAAAUCCCCUGCAUUAUUAGUACCCAUUAUUAGGCGUAGAUUACAUAUGGAUGAUCCAGAUUAUGAGACUUUAGAACCACGAAUCAAAGUAAACUUUUUGGCUCCAUUCUCCAUUUUGAAAAAUCCAUGGAUUAAUAUAUUGUUAUUUGUGGCUGGCUUCCAAUUUGCUAUGAACACAUUACAUCAGACCACCUUAUCUACUGUUUUAAGUAAAACAUAUCAUUAUAAAGUUUCCACUAUUGGGGUUUGUUUUCUACCAGCAGGUCUUUGUACAUUAACAAGUGUUGUUACAACAGGAAGAUUUCUGAAUUGGUAUUAUCGUAAUCAGAUGGCAAAACAUAAAGUAUGGCUAAAACAACAAGAGGAAAAGUUGCUAAAAGAAAAUCAUACUAUUGAAAAAGUUAAGAACAUAAUAGAUAACGAUCCAUAUUAUACAUUUAAUGUGGUUCGUGUUAGACUAGCACCAGCCUUUUUUACUUUGAUAUUGAGUGCAUGCGGAUAUAUUGCCUUUGGGUGGUGUGUUAAAGUUAAAGCGCCAUUACCUGCAGUUUUAGUUGCUAGUGGAUUUGGUUCAUUGUUUUCUAAUUGUAUUUUGACAAUGUCCACAACAUUAAUUGUGGAUCUAUAUCCAUCAAAGUCUUCAACCGGUACUGGAUGUUUAAAUCUAUUCAGAUGCUCUCUUUCUGCCAUUUUUAUUGCAUGUUUAUCUAGAAUGAGUGACAAAAUGACAUAUGGGGGUGUUUUUACUUUCAUGGGAGUAUUUAGUGCUGCUGCAUCAUCUUUACUAUAUAUUUUAGUAGGUAAUGGUAAGAAAUUGGCCUUUAAUCGGAGAAAAGAAGAAGAAGAACAAUUAAGAAAAUUCAAAAAAGAGAGGGAAGAAAAAGAAAAAAUAGAGAAAUUUGAUGUAUGA